UUUGCUACAAAUUCUAUUUCAUUUCAUUCAACAAGAAAUCUUAUCAUUAAAAUGAACCAGAACGAUAUAAAACCAUUAAAUUUAAGGGAAAUUAUUUUAAAUACCAGACAACCGAUUGUCUUGAAACAAUUUUCUCUUAAUUGGUCUUGUUUCCAAGUUGGUCUAGACGAGUGGUGUAAAACAUUUGAUGCACUAAAUUCUAAUGUAGCAAAUUUUGAGCGUAUAGCAAAAAAUGUUGCUGAAGAACCGCAAUGGGAACGUAAACGACAAACAAUACAAAUGACUGCCGGACAAUUUUUAAAGGAACAUAGUAAAGAUUGUGAUUAUUGGUCUGGUUUGAAUUAUAAACGUCGACAUGAAUUACCAGCUAAAUGUACAAAUGGUAUAGAUUUUUCCGCCUUUGGAUUUCCACAGGCGGCUGAUGAUAGCACUUUGUGGUUAAGUUCAAAAGGUGCCAAUACUCCUUGUCAUUAUGAUAGUUAUGGCUGUAAUAUAGUUGUACAAGUUUUUGGAAGAAAAUCCUGGCUAUUAUUCCCACCCAAUACACUGCUUACUACCACUCGAAUACCUUAUGAAGAGUCUAGCAUCUAUUGUAAAGAAAAAUUUUAUUGUCCCCCGCUUCUAAAUGUAAAGGAGUACGUGGAAAAAUAUAAAAAUCUACCUCACCAUGUUAUACUAGAACCUAAUGAUGUUUUAAUUGUACCAAAACAUUGGUGGCAUUAUGUAGAAGCUUUAGAUAUAUCGCUAAGUGUUAAUGCUUGGAUUCCCUUGGAAUGUGAUUUACAACAACAAAUUGAGGAAUGUAUUGUAAAAUAUUUAAUUGAAAACAUUAUAAAAGAUUGUGCAAAUGAAACCAAGAAAUAUGUUAUGAAUCCAAAUCAGCUUUUAGCCUUUAACACAAAAGAAGAAUUAUUUGAAAUUUUAAAAUAUCUCUUAAAGAAAUCAGUGGAAAAUGUAAAUAACAAAAAGGAAGAAACCAUGUAUGAUUAUCAUUAUUUAAAAGAAGAUCAAGUGGAAGAACUAUUACAAAACUUUACAAAUAUUAAAAAAGUUCCAUCAUUACCAGCAAUAGAAUUUGAAAAGUUAUUAAAAACAAAUGCAUUACGUUAUGCUACUCAUGCUGAGAGUAAUAGUAAUGAAAAUACUUUAGAUUAUGUAGAAGAAAUUUUAAUUAAUAGCAUAUGUAGUCCGCAAAUAGUAAAAGCAAUUAAAGAAGAAUUUUUCCAACGCUAUAAGCAAUAAACAAUUUUAACUAUUUUUCUAAUUUAUUCGUAUAUUUAUGUUUAACUUUAAAAAAAUUCACAAUACUUGCAGCAAAUCUUUAAAAUAUGUU